UUUGCGCAACCCGUGAGGCUCGGCUCCACUCAUUUCCACACUCUGAGCUAAUCGAUCCAAGCAGCCAACCUUUCCUCCUUUGUUCUCUUGCCAACUCCCAAGGUAAACUCCAACGCCGUCGAUUCCCCAUUCUCAUCUUCACCUUCAUACCUCCUGCAAUGGUGGUGCUGACCAGCCACCGUCUUCGCCUUCUUAUCGUCGUCGUCGUCGUCGUCGUCGUCUCUGUUUUCGCCUUCGCCGAUUGCUUGGAAGUUAAACAAUCACUAUCCGUGCAGGAGCUGCGAUGGGGAAGGAACAGCCGUCCUCGCCGGUUUGCUUCCACUCCCGGGAAAAAUACCGGUGCAGUAGAACUGGAAUUGAGGCGACAAAAGAUUCCUGGGCCAAAGAUUCUGAUCGCCGACGAAGCUCGAGUCUUGUCGAUUCAAUCCAGAAUCAGAAAUGUAAUCUCCGAGAAGGAGGACGACUCGUCCGGAGCGCAAGUCCCUCUCUUUUCAGGAAUCAAGUUUCAGACUCUGAACUACGUGGUCACCGUCGCGGUCGCCGGAAAGAACGCCACCGUCAUCGUCGACACUGGCAGCGACCUCACCUGGGUCCAAUGCAAGCCAUGCACCUCCUGCUACGCGCAGCGAGACCCCCUCUUCGACCCAUCCGCCUCCACUUCCUACCAAAACAUCCCCUGCAACUCCUCCGCCUGCCUCUCCCUGCAGGAGGCCACGGGGAACGCCGGCGUCUGCGGCGCCCACCGCUGCAAUUACUUCGUCGACUACGGCGACGGCUCCUACUCCCGCGGCUUGCUGGCGCUCGAAAGGAUCGACGUCGGUGGGGCAAUCAUAGAGAAUUUCGUGUUCGGAUGCGGUUUCAAGAACCGGGGGCUCUUCGGCGGGACUGCCGGGAUCAUGGGGCUCGGAAGAACCCCACUCUCUCUGGUUCACCAAACCACCGCUCAGUUCGGCGGAGUCUUCUCUUACUGCCUCCCCACGAGGCUGCUCAGCUCAUACGGCUCUUUAGUCCUCGGAGAUGACCCUGCAGCUUACAAGAACUCCACCCCAAUCUCCUACACGAGAAUGCUCCGAGAUCCCCAACUAACUCCCUUCUACUUCCUCAACCUCACCGGCAUGACGGUCGGCGGCGUGCCGCUCCAGGAGGCCGGCUUCUCCACCGGAAAGAUCCUCAUCGAUUCGGGAACCGUGAUAACCCGACUCCCGCCGUCGGUCUACCGGGCAUUCAAAGCCGAGUUUGUGAAACAGUUCUCCGGUCAUCCUCCGGCGCCGAGCUUCUCCAUACUGGAUACUUGCUUCGACUUGUCUGCCUUGGAGGAGGUGGCAGUUCCCAGGGUGAGGAUGGAGUUCGAGGGCGGCGGCGAAAUGACGGUGGACGUCACCGGCAUCUUCUACUUCGUCAAGAAGGAUGCUUCACAGGUUUGCCUGGCGGUGGCCAGCCUGCAGUACGAGGGUCAAAUUGGGAUCAUCGGGAAUUACCAGCAGAAGAAUCAAAGGGUGGUGUAUGAUACGCUGUCUUCCAGGAUUGGAUUCGCAGAAGAGGCUUGCGGCCAAUGAAUCAUCAUCGCCGGGAAAAGUUCUUCUGACCGAUCUUGUCUGCAUUAGCCAUAGUAAAUUAAGCUUAUCGCUGUUCAGAAUCGUGUAAGAACAGAGAACUUCGAUCGGCCACCUUUGGCUGGUUCGGGAGAUCCUUUAUUUCGAAUAAAAGGAAUUCAAUAGAGUCCUA